AUGGACGCGACACAACCAGCCGACUCUCGGCAGCUCAGGCACGACUUCAAAGAGGUUACGCAAGGUGUGAGGCGGUUCGAGUCUGCAGAAGAGGUGUUCGCUACAUUCACUGCUCCGCUGUCACAAUGGACUGGCGAAGAAGGUCUUCCACCUAGCCUCAGGGCGUACACCCGGUCCUCCACCGCUCCCGCCAGCAGCUCAUCGUCUCAAAGCGCUAGCAUCGACGUCCUUCUCAUAGAAGUGAUUCAAGAAGCGCUACUCACACGCAUCACUGUCGACUGGUCCUCCGCUCUGGACGAAGUCCAAUUCCGCGAUCUCAUCAACACCUGGAUCUUCGGCCCUCCCACCCAACCACACAAGCAGGGGAUCAUCCAGCAGUGCUCGCUGCGCACCAUCUCCCGUCUCCUCCCCACCAAGCCUCAUCCUUUAGCGUCAGCGCUCCUCGAGCAGCUGUGCGUGCGGGCACUGUCGCUUCUCUCCCUCGCCUCGCUGCUAGCCGCGGUCACAGCGGAGCCGAACACGGCACGUGCCGACGUGGCGUGGACCGAAACGCUGCGUCUGCUCUCCUCCUUACCCGACCGGCUAGCAAAUGCUACUGAGGGCAAGCUGCCGUUCACUCCGCACGUGUGGAUCGAGCGCGUGCUCGUUUCCGGCCUCGCCCGCUGCCUAGCGAGCGGUAUGCAGAACGUGCAGACCAGACGGCUCAAGGAUGUGGUCGUGCGGCUUGAGAAGAUGGGAUACCUGGGUAGCGGGGUGCAUACAGAAGGCUCGGGAUUCUGGGUGGUCUUUUUGCGGCUUGCGAUGGAACAGCGGCAGCAGGAAUGCCUGGCGCGGGCGGGUCUGCAGUUGAGGAGCAAGUUGGGAAGCAGGUUGCGGAUGAAGUUGGAUCUGGGGCUGAUCGAGACGCUCCAGUACCUACUCGUGGUGAGCAAGAGGAUGCCUAUAGGGCUGGUGACGAGUGUGGAGCGCGGGAAAGCGGGAACGGAGGGCUCAGCGUUCUUGGGUACAGUGUCGCAGGAAGGGGUUGCUGCUGUAGCACUGAUCUUGCGCACUUUCGUCUCUUCCCCACCCUCUGGUGCUCUCAGCCCCGGUUUAAUCGUAACCGAUUCCGGCUCUGACUCCAACGACGGUGAUGACGAGGCCGACCCAACAUCCAGAACAAUCUCCGCCUUCAAGACACUCGCACUAUCAAUCGCCCCGCAAUCUCCGCUCCUGGCCUGGAGCUGGUGCGUCUACCUGUCCUCCCAGCUCGCCACCGACUCGCUAUGCACAUGCCUCGAAGCAACGCUCUCGCGCUGGGCCGACACAGCACGCAUCCGACGCUCGCUCCUCACCGAAGAGCUGUUCCUCACCACGCUCAUCGUAUGCUUGCUCGCCGCCAUCCCGUCUGACACCAGCCCGGCUUCAGCGCUGCCAGCAAUCGCGCGAUCACGGACAGUGCUCGACGGCGUAUCGGCACACUUGGAGCACUCGGAUGCCACGGUGCGGCGGUUGGGGAUGCUGGUCGCCGAGCUGCUGAGUGCCAAGACGACGAUCGAGGGGAGUGGGAAGGUGUUGAAUUUCGGGAGCGGGAUAUGGAAUGGUGCAGGGGAGGGGAGGGAGGAGGCGAGAGUGUUGCGGGCGUUGAGCGAUGCGUGGAGCCAUCAUGUCGUGGCUGUUGGGCAGGUGGAGAAGGGGUGGGGUGCAGAUGCGAUUGCGGAGGCAGUGAAGGUGCUAGGUGUGAUUCCUUUGAAGGAUGGCGGCGUGGGGAUCAGAGAGCAAGACCAGAUUGUGGUGGAGAGAAGGAGCAAGAAAGCGAGCAAGCCAAAGACGCGCAGAUUGCCAGAACGGGUCGAGCCGCCUAGUCGUAUGCAGGAGAGCGGUAGACCCGCUCGCCCUCUGAUCACGAUGCUCGAUUCAGACGACGAAACAGAAGGAAAGGAACUGGCUUCUUCGCCACCGUUGAAGAUGUUUUCCCACCCUCAACGCUCCCCCUCUCGCCAGUCUGUCUCCUCUUCCUCGAGCUCAUCCGAUGACUCAGACAGCGAUGUCGCCCCCACCGACUCCAACUCGAUCCAUCGCCUAGCCGCCUCCCUUAGUGGUCUGUCGCCCACCGAAAGCAACUCUUUGCUCUCCUCUCAACCAUCCCCGCUCGCACCCAAAUCGAAGUCCAGCCGUGGUCAGGCGUCCGAGAUCGACAACUUUGAAGCCAACCCAGAAUCGCAUGCCCCGCAAUUCCACACCAAAACCGCCACACCCGUGUACGUCUCGCAACUCUCUCCGCUGCUCCGCUCCGCCUCGCGCUCUGAUAUCCGACUCGCCCUGCACAAUGCGGCGCCCCUGAUCCGCCGCAAAAGCUCCACGCAGCUGUUCGGGGCGGAGGUGGGCGAGAACGCAGUGGACCUGUGCUUGACGCUUGUGGCGCUGCACGACAACUUUGGGAUCAAACGGUUCGAGGCGAUGCGGCGGGACGCGGUGGGUGCGUUGGCGGCUGCGGUGCCACGCGUGGUGGUGGGCGUGUUGGCGGAACAGAGUUUUGGUAGCCAGUACAGUGAUGUUCAGCGGAUGAGCAUGUGGGCGGGCAUUGUGCAGAGUGCGGUUGUGCUGGCUCAGGGUCAUGGUGGUGUGGAUGCGGAGGAGCAGGAGGAGGUGGGGGAAGUGGAGCAGAGGGCGGAUCGGGUUGGAGCGGCCGUGAUCCGGGGUGCGCGCGAGGUGGGUGAGCAGAGGGUGCCGCAGAUGCGACGCGAGCGGCAGCUGCAGGUCAAGUCGACCGUGUCGAAGGGGAGGGGAAAGUUGGUGCAGCUGCAAGACUCUUCGACGCUAGGUGAAAGGGCGACAGUGGCGGACGAGCAGGAAUGGGUAACCCUUGCCGGAGCGCUGUACAUCUUCCCGCUCAUCCACCGCUUCCUCGCCUACCACUCCUACCGCUCGUCCUCCUCCUCCUCCCGCCGACUCGGCGCAGGAACAUCCGCCCUGUUCACUCCAACCACGCAAGCGCUCUUUCUCGACACGCUCACCGUCCUCGUCUCCCUCGCACCCGGCCACACGAUCGAACAGGCCUCGCCGUCCGUCUUGGAGCUCCUCUCCGCACUCACCACCACCACUGCUAGCGAGACCGCGCCCGUGACGACGUGCUCCGCACUGACGCUGCUUGCGCUGGUGCUGGAUCGCGCGCUCAACUCGCAUCCCGCGGCGCUGCUGAAUGCCGCGUGUGCAAGGUGGCUAGCAGGGCUGGUGCAGUUUACCCAGGACGUGUUUGCGCAGUUGCAGCAGGGGCAGGCGGCGGGCGAGGCGGGUGCACUGGCAAUGAAGAUCACCGCCAGGGCGGCCGCGGUGCUGCUGCUCAUCGAUCGGCUGGAGCAGGCCAGGGCCGACGAGGUACGCAGGCUCAUCGGCUUUGUUCCUGCCUGA